CGUGCAGUUCAUUGUUCAAACGCGUGUAUGUCAAUUUAUACGUAGCGCACGAGAGAACGCUAUCGAUCGGAAAAACAAUAUGGCGGUCACGAUAGAGAUCUUGGAAAUGUCAAAUUCAAAAUAGACGCCACUAUCGGGAGAGUAGAGUGCGAUGUGUACGAAAGGUUGAACGCAUGUCAACAUAAUGCAGUGCAAGUCGAAAGUCCGAAAGUGAGGUGACCUGAGUAUCUCUUAAAUCCUAAAUUUCGAUAACCUAAUGCGAGUUGACAUCAUGAACUUCAAAGCAAAUGUGUGGAGAAUGAUAUAUGUAAAUGUCAAUGUUACAGAUUCCACAAUCAUUGUCGCAAAGUGAUCGAUUGAAAAUUUCUUGCUAAAUGACUAAACAAGGGACAGCUCAGAUGUCACUCGAUGAUGACUUCGACAGACCAUUCGAAGAUGUUGAGCCCUUACAGUGGGGAGCGUUACGCGAGCUGUGCAAUGCCAGCUCAGAAUACUUUGCCUCUCACCAAGAUGAGAACAGUAUUAGAAUUAGAGCUGCGCUUACAGCUAUACUGGAUCAUUUGGUACAGUUGCAACCACUGUAUAAAGAAAUUAGCAGAAUCGCGCCAAUGUUCGAUCUGGAUGCACAAACGCCCGGUAAUGGGUACAGAAGUUUCUUGGUGCUGAUAGACAAAUGCAUUAUUCAUUCUCGUUUGAUCUGUCACCAGAUAUAUUGUCAAAAGGACUCUAUAUUUUUUCGUAAAAGUUAUUACAUGAGGGAAGUUGAGGCAUGUUCACAAUUACUGGCAUCUCUGUGCACUUGCUUGGAACAUUUACAGACUCUUUAUUCUUGGAGUGAGCACCUAAGCGAUGGAAAACCGUCUCUCUUUAUAGGAGAUAAUCACAAUCCACACGAAAUUUUAAACAAAGUAGAUAGUAUCAAUCAAUAUUGUUUUUAUGGCAGAUGUUUAGGAUUCCAGUUUCACGAUAGCUUAAAGCCCAUUCUAAAAACCAUAAUGGUUUGUAUGGCAACAUUCAGCGAAGCAUUUUAUGCCAAUGGCACGUUAUUAGCGAGAUGUGCUAAUUCUGUCAAGUACAUGUUAGAUCCUGAAGUAAGGGCGCGUCGUAUUGUCGACGUAUCCCAACGCGCCGAUAUCUCAUUUUGUCAAGCAUUUUGGUUUCUUAACGAGGCUGAUCUUGCACGCAGGUUGCCUGCCAUAACAGCUCCUUCUUUGGCAAUAAAUCAAAUAAUUUCUAUUCCACCUGAAGAGUUGACACUUCUUACAUUAAGUGGAUCAACCGUGUCGAUUCCAAUACCGAGUAGUCACGUUGGAAAGAAGCCAAUACACGUUAGACUGUUCAGUUCUAAACGUCGUUUGGGGAUGGUCGGUUCGGGUGGAGUGGCAGGCGAAUUGCAUGGAUUGUCCAAUGAAUUAAUAAUUCAUUGUCAUGGUGGAGGUUUCGUAGCACAAACUUCAUUAUCUCAUGAAACAUACUUACGCGAUUGGGCCAUCAAUCUUGGUAUACCCAUUUUAAGUAUAGAUUACAGUUUAGCGCCAGAAGCUCCGUUUCCUCGUGCACUCGAGGAAGUGCUAUAUGCGUAUGCAUGGUCUUUAAAUCAUGCAAGUACAUUGCUUGGGAGUACAGCUCAAAAAAUAGUUUUUGCUGGUGAUUCCGCCGGGGCCAACUUGAAUUUGGGAGUUACUUUAAAGUGUUUGCAGUUGAACAUCAGAAAGCCUGAUGGAAUAUUUAUGGCGUACACACCAGUGCUUGUCGACUUUGUAUUGUCACCGUCGCGAUUACUUUGCCUUACAGACCCGUUAUUACCUAUGGGAUUUCUUUUACGUUGCCUAAAAGCAUACGCCGCUGAAUGUUCAAAAUCAGAGUCGGAAUCUUUCGCCGAGGUGAGCGAAAGCGAUCUAAUAGCGUUAGCUCUCAGUCCUAAUGGAGAUGAAACGAACGACGCGCACAAGUUAGCGUCCUUGCCAUCUGAUUCUACUUUGAAUUCUGUCACUUUGACAGAAGUUGACGGGACGGAACAUCUACAGGAUGAAGCGAAAUCUCAAGAAUACGUUAACAAAUUUUUUGAUCUUUACCGAAACUGUGGUAAAACAAACGCUUCGACGCACGUUGGGAAUGGCACUAUUAAUACAGGGAAUAAUGUAUCGAAGAAUGAUAAAUCCUGGUCCUUCUUCGGAUGGUCUCUUAGUGGAAGGCAUAGAGAAUCCAGGGAACUGGAUAUAGAGAAUGUGAAGAGCCCUAUGGAGGAAUUUAUAUUCACAGUGCCCAGAGAUCCAUAUUUAAGUCCUUAUCUUGCAGCAGAUCAUCUUCUAGCACAAUUACCACCCGUCAAGAUGCUGACGUUAGAGUUGGACCCAUGCCUUGAUGACUCUGUCAUGUUCGCAAGGAAACUUCGGUCGCUUGGUGUAUUAGUCACGCUUGACAUAUUGCCAGGGUUACCUCAUGGGUUUCUUAACUUAACACCAGUUUCGAAAGAGGCAAGCGAAGGAUCAGAUCUAUGCGUGAAAAGAUUGCAAGAAUUGCUGGCAUCAUAAGCAUGUGCAUAUAGGAAAUACUCAUUAAAAUAUAAAUGUUUAUACGCGGGAACAAAAGUUUCUUUGCUGUUUUUUUUUUUUUUUUUUUUUUUAGAUGUCAAUUUAAUCGAUUUUUUUAUGUACAAAUGAUUUGAAAUAUUUCGAAAGCUUUAUCCACUGGUACGUAAAUGUAUUAAAUGUGUUUCCAUCUGUAUAUUUUGUAUUGUAUAUUUAUAUUUUAUUAAUGGUGACCAUAGUAUUCAAUGUCUAAUUUAAAAUCAAAUACUCUCAACUUAUUGUACUUAAACGGUAAUAUCUUUGUAUUACGUUUACUGAAUGUGUAAUUGGAGGAAAAGCAAAGUAGCUUUCCAUUUUCUACUGAGAACAUGUUUAAAGAAUAAGACUAUAGACAUAUUGGUUGUAUAAAAUAUUUGGGAUUAUUUCAGUUCUCAAUGUUAUAAUAUUUUAUGCAGCUGACACAAGUUACUAAAUGUAUUAGGCAUAAAUAAAGUAUUAUAAAUGUGAUACAAGUUUAAUGACAUGAUAAAAAAAGAGGCAAUGAAUAUGUAUAGUAUUGGCUAUAACUGGAAAAUUAUGAACUUUUUGUUAUAUAUAUUAAUAAUUUAUGGAAUUGUUAAGUUAUAUUUUUUACGGCAAUGUACAUCGUAUUUGUCAACUUUAUUAAAUUAUUUAUAAAACUCUAAUUUUAUAACUUAUAACACACUGGGAAGUACAAUAAAAAUAAUUUUAUUACCAGACUA